UUGUCUGUCCUACCAACAUGCAGCGCGUGGUGUCGACCAAGGCGAUCCAAACGAGCGGUGUGAAAGCGGAGCAAGACCCAAGUGACUUGCGCGAUGCGGAAAUUGAGCUGACGGACGAGAAGGAUGGAGCAUGGGCGGAAGGCAAGGCCCCUAUUGUCCUCAUCACCAAGUUUCUGGGGUUGCUCGAAGAUGAAGAAACCGAACUGGCCAUCGAGUUGGCUCAACAGAUCCUUGGGUUUGAACCAAGCAACCAGUUGGUCACAAGCCUUUUGAAAGCACUGCACCUCAAGCUCGUGGUCGACCAGCAAGAGCACGCGACAGACGAAGGAAGUGGUGACGACAACUCUGAUGACGACUCGUCCGACGAAGAGAGCACCGACAACGAAGAUGACGAUGACGAGCAUCCUGACGACGCAGCUGCCGCGGAGGCGCUGGCCACCGAACAUGCCCGCGACGUCGAGUUGUAAUAACCAACCACCACUCUGGCACAGGGUCUGUAAU